AUGUCUAAAUAUAAUAGUUUAUCUGUUCGUCUAUCAAAGGAGCAAAGAGUCUAUAAACAACUAAUAAAUAGAGAAGCAUUAAUCGAUGCAUUAUUAUCCUUGUACAAUAACGCUACCAAUUGUCAAAGAAAUAAGAAAAACGAUGGCGAGAAUAUCAAUAAAUUUAUUCAAUUAUAUAAAUCUGUUUAUUAUGAAUUAAAUAAAUCCCGGUUAUCUUUAAAAGAUUUUGAAAUAUUACACAAAGAUUUAUAUGCAGAAGGUGCAUUUGGGAAAGUGAUGAUAGUAAAGAACAAAAGAGACAGUUGUAUUUAUGCCAUGAAGACGUCCAGUAAAGCAAAAUUAAUUAAUCAGAUGGAUCGUUCAUCACCUAUGGAGGAGCGACUUAUAUUAUCAAACCAAAAUGAGGAAUGGCUACCUAAAUUAUAUGCUGCCUUUCAGGACAAGAAGAAUUUAUAUUUAAUUAUGGAAUAUGCUCCUGGUGGUGACCUUCAAGGUCUCAUCGAAAGACGUUCCUAUAAGCCAUUCUCAGAGGAAGAAGCCCAGUUUUAUUGUGCUGAAUUAAUUCUUGCAAUAGAAAGGGUGCAUCAGUUGGGAUAUAUGCAUCGUGAUAUAAAGCCUGGAAAUAUUUUGAUUGAUAAGAAUGGUCAUAUCAAAUUGGGUGAUCUUGGUUCUUGUAUCUCGAUUGACACAAAAGACUAUCUUUUAAUGGUAGGAACAAUGCCAUAUAUUUCACCAGAGAUGUGUAAUUCAGAAGGAAUAAAUCCUUCAAAAGGACCUGCGUAUGGACCUGAGGUCGAUUGGUGGUCUGUAGGUAUCGUACUUUAUGAACUUUUAUACGGUGAACGUCCAUUUACGGGCUCUGAUAUACAAAUUCAAAUGAAUCUUUUGAAUCCAAAGAUAUCCGUUCAAUUCAAUUCAGAUAUCAAAGUGUCAGAUCAAGCUAAAGAUUUACUAUCAAAGUAA